AGAGCCGGCUCGUCUGUGACCCGCUUCUUCUUCAUCCGGCUGCUUCUCAGCGGAACAACACACGGUGGCACUGUGUUUGAAGAUGGCGGCUCCCGGCUUUUGUCGUCUCUUGGCUGUGCUCCUCAUCACACUGUCCCACACCUCGUACAGCUCUGAGAUCCCAUCUGAAAAUGCCAAAAAGAGUCUGACCCGGUCUUCCACCUCUGACUCCAAGCAAGACCAAGAUAUGGGACUUCUGGGCGGCAGCCAAAGACGGAGACACUGGCCUCGUAAAGACAGGGAUGAUAGUGUUGGGCUUCACUCACAAAGGCCACUGGAUCGACUGGAGGAGGAUGGGACAAGUCUGGAGGGUCUGAGCCCUGUAAGGCUGGAGAUGGGUCCUGGGGACAGUAUGAGGACGGAGGUUCAUGAGGAGGUGAGGGGUCCUGCUCAUAUGCGGCGGGGAAAUCAUCCACCGGAGGGAGAGUUCAAUCGUAAAGGCAGGAGACAUGGUCACGGGCAUCAGGCUGAUCACAGAAAGCAGGGAGACAAAAGAGACAAAGGUCGAGCUAAAGGGGAUCUCUAUGAACCUGAACCAGAAUUAGGCUCCUUGUCGAAGGAUAUGAAUGCAUUUGAGGAUGGUUUUUACACCUCCCCGCCCAAUCACGACAAUGCCCCACUCACUGAAGCUCCCUCCCCUCUCUUCCCCAUUUUGGUAACCACGGCAAUCAACGAGCAUCCCCCAACACUGUCCCCAGCCUCCACCAAACCCCAGGUACCCUGGCAAGCAGAAGCGUCCUUGAAUAUGAAGAAGUCGGGUCGAGGGAAGGCUCAAGGGGAGGUGAUGCCGACUCUGGACAUGACCCUCUUUGACUGGACUGAUUAUGAGGAUAUGAAGCCUGUAGACACUUGGCCAUCUAACAAAAGAAAAGAUAAACGUCGUGGCAAAAACAAAAGUAAUGGGAACGCAACGCUUGAUGCUGAUGUCAUUGACCCAUGUGACCAUCAUCUCGACUGCCUCCCUGGUUCCUGUUGUGACCUGAGAGAACAUGAGUGCAAACCUCACAAUCGCGGCCUAAACAACAAGUGUUAUGAUGACUGCAUGUGUGAGGAGGGUCUGCGUUGUUAUGCCAAGUUCCACCGCAAGAGGAGAGUGACCCGAAGACGGGGCCGCUGUGUGGAGCCAGAAUCAGCCAACAGCAACCAAGGAGCCUUCAUCACCAUCUGACAUAUAGAGAGAUACCCCAUGACUGAUGAUGGACUGAGCUUUGAAGAAUGUGGGUCAACGUUAAACGUCCUCAGCCCACAGUAUAAAUGUACAUACACUGUUCAUCUGCUUGUCAGGGUUGUGCACCAUUCAGAAUUAAAUUUAGAAUGGCUUUUAAAUUCUUGAAUUUGAAUUGAGGUAGCAAUCAGUAUACAGAAUUGUAAUUUGAAACCGAAAGUAGAAUUUUAUUUUUCAGUUUGAAUUAGCCACGAAUGUUGUCACACACAACAUAUGGGAUAUUUCUAGAAACUCUAGAUGAUAUUAAUAAUACAAUUUUGAAAUGCCACC